GUGCUAUGCACUGGCCUUCUAUGGUGCUAUACUAUAACCUAAUUCGGAACCUAACAAACCAAAUGAGUAAAUAACCAAUAAAAUGGUUUCUUCAUUGAUUUCUCGAUUGAGUAAUUCCAUCUUGAAGUUGGAACAAACUUUAAACUUAAUUUUAGGGUUUAAUAGGCUACCUCCUCCUGCUUAUUGUUUGGCUUCUAUAGAAACCAACCGAGUCCAACCCAAGGAACCAUUUUCUUUGGAAAGCCUCAUUGGAAAUGGAUUUUUGUGGGCUGUUCCUAAACAUAGGAGAACAAUUGAGAAAAGGCUAAAGAUGAAGUACGGAUCUCCUAAAUAUGUAAUGAAAAUUUUACAACCCAAAACCAAUAUCAGAAUUUGUAACGCUUGCGGAGAUCAUCAUGAAAUAGGAAUUCUUUGUCCUACAUGUUAUAAAAGGAUAAUGAAUGAAACAAAGGAUAUGAAAGAAGCAAUACAGGAAAAACUUGGACUACAACCUAUAGAAAAAGAAGUGGUUGUAUUGUAUGAAAAUGAGAAAAGUACUUUAGAAGGGGAAUAUGAAGGUCAGCCUAUAGUAGAAAUGAAGAAGCCAAGACCUUCAUGGUUCAGUAAAAAUCUUUUGCAGCAAACUACUCAACAGCCUGCAACUACAAAAGAUGUUGAACCAUCUGGUCUAAGCUAAAUAUCUAGUUUAUAUCAGAAAAUCUGUUAGUAUCAAUAAAUAUAAACUUUA